AGUUCUUGAAGUUCUUAGGGUUUAUGUGGAACCCUUUGUCAUGGGUUAUGGAAGCGGCUGCGAUUAUGGCUAUUGCCCUUGCUAAUGGAGGAGGAAAACCUCCUGACUGGCAGGACUUGUCAUUAUCAUCACUUUGCUUGUUAUAAUUGACUAUCAGUUUCAUCGAGAACAAUGCUGGCAUCGCUGCUGCUGCUCUCAUGGCACGGCUCGCUCCUGAGGCUAAGGUCCUUCGAGAUGGAAAGUGGAGCAAGGAGGAUGCUUCUGUUCUUGUCCCAGGCGGCAUAAUCAGUUUUAAGCUUGGGGAUAUAAGUCAAGCAGAUACUCGUCUCCUUGACGGAGAUGCAUUAAGAAUUGGUCAGUCUGCCCUGAUAGGGGAAUCCCUACCCGUGAGUAAAGGCCCAGGUGAUGGUGUUUAUUCUGGUUCGACGUGCAAGCAGGGAGAGAUUGAGGCUGUGGUCAUUGCCACUGCUGUGCAUACUUUCUUUGGAAAGGCUGCUCACCUCGCGCACAGUACAAACCAAGUUGGCCAUUUCCAAAAGGUUUUGACUGCAAUUGGAAACUUCUGCAUUUGUUCAAUUUCUGUUGGAGUGAUAGUGGAGACUAUUGUUAUGUAUCCCAUUCAGCACCGGAAGUACCGUCUGGGAAUUGAUAAUCUAUACCUUCACAGCCUCUAUGAUCUUUCCCAACAUAUCUUCACGAAAGGAAUUGAUGCAGAUACUGUUGUUCUGAUGGCGGCCUGA